UUGCUUCAUUCUGCCAUUGCUUGCGUGACAAAAAGGGGUUGGCCCUCUAUUGUUGCCUAGUCACGUUCUUCAAUUUUCAACACUUUCAUUCUUUCAGUUUCAGAUCUCAAACCCCAAUCCAAACAUCCAUGUUUUUCAGUUUUUUUUAGUCUCAGAUAUGUCUUAACAUAAUCCAACCAAACACAAACAACCUCGUUCAGACACAAAGGUUGCAACUUUCUUCAACUUUGUUGUCUGAACAACCACAACAAAACAAGUCUUUCACUAAAUUAAAGAGAUGAUGUUCCAAGAAAACGGCAAUGGGGAAAUGGGUUUGUCUGGAAUUCCAUUGGGAGCAAAGAACAAGUACAAGAGGAUGAAUUCUGAGUUUCCUGAUGAUAACGAUGAUGUUUUGAAUCAACAACAAUUGGAAGCUAGGAGGAACAGUACUAGGAAAUAUGUUAUUGCUUGUGCAAUCUUUGCUUCUCUCAACAAUGUUCUUCUUGGUUAUGAUGUGGGUGUGAUGAGUGGUGCAGUUAUAUUUAUCAAAGAAGAUCUAAAGAUAACUGAGGUUCAAGUAGAAUUUUUGAUUGGUAUUUUGAGCAUUGUUUCUCUAUUGGGUAGUUUAGGUGGUGGAAGAACAUCAGAUAUUAUUGGUAGAAAAUGGACAAUGGCAUUAGCUGCUGUUGUGUUUCAAAUGGGUGGCAUUACAAUGACUCUUGCACCUUCAUAUGAAAUACUAAUGAUUGGAAGAUUGUUAGCUGGAAUUGGGAUAGGGUUUGGAGUUAUGAUCUCACCUAUAUAUAUUGCUGAGAUAUCACCAAAUCUCACUAGAGGCUCUCUUACUACUUUUCCAGAGAUUUUCAUAAAUGUAGGAAUUAUGCUUGGUUAUGUAUCCAAUUACGCGUUUUCUGGCCUUUCAGUACAUAUAAGUUGGAGAGUAAUGCUUGCUGUUGGAAUCUUGCCUUCAGUGUUCAUUGGUUUUGCACUUUUCGUUAUUCCCGAGUCGCCGAGAUGGUUGGUAAUGCAGAACCGAAUCGAUGAAGCGAGAUCGGUGCUGUUGAAAACAAACGAAGACGAGAAAGAAGUCGAGGAGAGGCUUGCAGAAAUUCAACAGGCUGCUGGUUUUGCCAAUUCUGAUAAGUAUGAGGGGAAACCCGUGUGGCGUGAAUUGAUGUUUCCUCCUCCCGCGCUUCGCUGGAUGUUGAUUACCGGCCUUGGAAUUCAGUGUUUUCAACAGAUCUCGGGGAUCGACGCCACUGUUUAUUACAGUCCGGAGAUUUUCCAGGCAGCCGGGAUUGAGGAUAAAUCGAAACUUCUAGCUGCUACCGUUGCUGUCGGUAUAACAAAGACCAUUUUCAUUUUUGUGGCCAUUGUUCUUAUUGAUAAACUAGGUAGAAAACCUCUUCUCAUCACAAGCACAAUUGGGAUGACAGUUUGUUUGUUUGGCAUGGGAGCUACUCUUUCAUUAUUCGAAAAAGGGCCAUUAGUGAUUGCAUUGGCUAUUCUUUUCGUUUGUGGAAAUGUAGCGUUCUUUUCGGUUGGACUCGGCCCUGUGUGCUGGGUUUUGACUUCAGAAAUCUUCCCUUUACGAGUGCGUGCUCAAGCGUCUGCACUUGGAGCUGUGGCUAAUCGGGUCUGCAGCGGCAUUAUAGCCAUGUCUUUCUUGUCUGUAUCAGACGCAAUUUCUUUCUCCGGAACAUUCUUUUUGUUUUCUGCUAUUUCAGCUCUUGCCAUUGUCUUUGUUUUCACAAUUGUGCCUGAAACUAAAGGGAAGUCAUUGGAGCAGAUAGAGAUGAUGUUUCAGAAAGAACAUGAGGGUCAAGGAAAAGAAUUGGAGCUUGGAGAUGUUGAGCAACUUGUGCAGAACAAAACUGGUUUAACAAAUUAAUUCAUUAGUCCACGCCUUUAUAUGACUGAUCGAUUUUUCAUUCCAGAGCUAAACAUAUUUCAUUUGUUAUGUCCAUGGCUUUAAGCAUCCUAGACUUGUGAUUCUAGAAGGAUUUCACUCACACGGAUACGAUCUUGUGCGACUCGAGAAUUUGACAUCUGAUAUUGGACAUGAGAAAAAUGAAGGCAAAAUGCAGUCUUAUUGUAUACUCAAACUUUUACUAAUCUUUAUAUUUCUUUUAGUUUCAUUUAAGUCGAUUAUAGGAUUGUAUAUCAGAUGGAGAUUUUUGGUGGAUAUGAAAACAAUUUGUAGUACCAUCAUUAUUCAUUGCAAUGUACUCCAUGAGGGAUGUAAUUCAUAAUAAAAUUCUUUAAUAGAUUAUAUUCUUUUAAA